CUUUUUCUUUAUAUUCUUUUUUCUUGUUGUUUUUGCUCUUGUUUUUAUUAUUCGUUUUGUAUCUUAUCUGUUGAUUUAUUUUCUUAAAAUUCUUGUUUCUGCUGCUUUUCGACGCGAUGCUGAUAACUACUCGCCGUCGUUUAGCCGACACGCCUAUUAUACCUAAGAUCUUUUUCUGUCUGUAUUGCUUGAGAACUAAUAUCAAGAAUUUCGAUAUUACCAACGCAGAAAAUUUUGUACCUGGCUGUGUUUUCGAUGCUGUGGUAUCCGUGGCGUGUAAACAGUAUUCCAGUAGGAACCAGGUUUGUUAUCAGGAUUUAGAUUGGGACCUGACGCUCUGUGUCCAGGUCGGUUAUUUGACCCUAGUUCUAGCCACCGGCUUCGAGGCGGCCGAGCUGGCCCACCGCCGUGAGUAUGGGCUGACCGGCAUUAGUAAGUCUAAGGUUACUGUAUUCUUCGAGGGGAUUUACCGCAAGGUGUAUAUUAUAUAUGGCGACGAGGCCUUCCCCCAGGGUUUCCGCAUCUAA